AUGCCUCUUUGGACAUGCGACUUUGAAAGCUGCCAGAAAUCAGCGGUCCCUGGCCUCGGCGGCCUCGGCGAAUGCGUAUUAUGCGACCGCCAUCUAUGUGCCAACCAUCUACAACCCGAGUUCCACAGCUGUCCUCGGUGGGAGGACGCGGAUGCUUACGACCCUGCGGCCGGUACGGCCGUAAAACGGGAGCUCACGCUGCUGUUUGAGAAAAUCAACAUCCGGGCUCUUGAAGCUCGAGCCAGCCAUCUACGCCGAGGCACGCCCUGCUCUAUCCCACCACUUCGCUAUGAUCGAGCGACGCGGAGCUCCGUCAUGGGAGGCAUGAACUACCACUUUGAUGUUCCCUUCGAGGAUGGAGUCACGUGGAUUGCCCGCAUCCGCAGGUUCAAUGCUACAUCGCCCUCGGCGGCACUACGCGACUAUAUCAUCCAGAGCGAGGUUGCCACCCUCAAGUUUCUGGAGCAGACCAGUGUGCCCGCUCCCAAGGUCCACGAUUUCGACCUCGAGGGCCCAGACAAUCCGGUAGGAGUCGGCUUCCUUCUUUUGGAGAAGCUGCCCGGCAAGGCUUUAAGUUGGGGCCUUGCGAAUCAGCAACAGAGGAAAACGGUCAUGAGCGAGGUGGUGGGCAUCUUCAUCGAGCUUCACAAGUACCCCUUUCCCCGUCUCGGCUCCCUAGACAGCCCUGGCGACCGCCACAAUGCGCGGCAUGGGGCCCUGCUCAGGGAGGAGUAUCACGUGUCGUCGCUGCGGCUGAUCCUGGAUCUGAUCAUCCGAAAGGAGAUGUACUCGCAGCAAUCAGUGGACGCCUACCUCAUCCACCGAUUUCUCCUCGACCUCGCCCCUCUGGUGUUACCACCGUCGUCGGUACCGGAUGACGGCUUGUUCUACCUGAAGCACGCGGACGACAAGGGGGAUCACAUCAUGAUCGACGAGAAUUACCACGUCACGGGGAUCAUCGACUGGGAGUGGGCGCACACGGCGCCGGCCGCACUUGCCUUCAAAUCUCCCAUUGGCUUCCUGCCCGUCGGGGAUUUCUACGAUGGGAAGAACGACCUAGGCGAUGACGAGGUCGUCUUCGCGCGCCUCCUCGAGGAGAAGGGCCGCCGGGGCCUGGCCCAGUGUGUUUGGAACGGUCGAUUACAGCAUAGGUUCGCCUUCUGCUGCGGGUACGACUUGUCGGGCUGGGAUGGGUUUCUGGGCCUUUUCCGUGGGCUGAGAGAGGCUGUUAAGGUGGACGCGGGCUUGGAAUGGGACGAGUGGAAGGCUGUGGCUUUGGACCGUUACAGGGACGACGCUGGGCUGAAAUUGAUAGCAUCGACCACCUAG